UCCGCCAUUUUACCUUGUGGUUUUCUUGAACUAUUUUGUGCGAAAUAUUUUUUUUACAGCAUAAUUUGAACUGACUUUAAACGAUAAGAGGAAGUAAUGGAUGACCUAUUCAAACUAGAUGUAGAAGAACGGAAUGUCUGACGAGUUUUUGAGCAUCAACCAUUUCGAUUUGGAAAGACCCAAUAGCAGACAGUCAUCGUUGAGUAGUGAUGAGGAUACAGAUGAUGCCGACCUUAUUGACAAUGAAUAUGACCAAUCACAAGUGAGAAGCAAGAAAAAUCUUGGUGGGAGUCGUUGGUCGAGGGAAGAGGAUGAGAAACUAAAAAAACUAGUAGAUGCUAAAGGACUCAAUGACUGGGCAUCCAUAGCUCAUUUGUUUACAGAUCGGUCAGAGGUCCAGUGCCAGUAUCGCUGGAACAAAGUCUUGAAUCCAGAAUUGAUUAAAGGACCUUGGACAAAAGAGGAAGACGAUAAGGUCACUGAGCUUGUGCAGAAAUUUGGGGCCAAGAGAUGGACACUGAUAUCCAGACAGUUGAAAGGUCGUUCGGGAAAACAGUGCAGGGAGAGGUGGCAUAAUCAUCUCAAUCCGGACAUCAAGAAAACUGCGUGGACUGCUGAAGAAGACAAACUGAUAUAUCAGCUUCAUCGAUCUUUGGGAAAUCGCUGGGCAGAAAUAGCAAAAUAUUUGCCCGGAAGAACGGAUAAUGCUAUCAAGAACCACUGGAAUUCCACAAUGAAGCGGAAGUAUGAACAAGAGGAGGCUCGAGAACGGGCGUGUGACCCUCCAGUAUUCACACACCCAUACACGCCGAGUACACACCACAACUUCCAGAAUGUUCAGCCUGUUCAGCUCUUCCCCAACAUGUUUGUACGGAGGAAUCCAGUUAUUGGUUCAGAUGCUGUUGGCAAAUUUGAGAAAAUCAAAGAGCUCAAUCAAAACUCACUUGAUUCUCUGUCUGCACCACUCAAAACACUUACUAACUGCGCUGAGGUAGUCACUGGUCACAGCAGCUUUGGUGGAUUGUCUAGUCUGGACCUUAUUAAUGGCAUUGAUGCCAAAACGGGUGUUACGCCGAUCAAGUUUACCAGGCUGAAGAAGGGGGCAACAGGGUUACGGUUUGAUGGCCAUGCACUGGAGAAACUGAGGAGUCCUGGAGGGUUAAUAUCAAUUACGUCACCUGUAGCAUCAAAGCUCAACAGAUUGCCUGCUAUAUUAAGGAAGAGUAAAAGGAAAAAACAGAAAUUUCCAAAGCAGUACACAUAUAUUUUUUCUCCACCCAAAGCGAAGCACGUCCACAUAAUGGACACCAUUGACAUAAAGGAGGAAAGUCUGACAGAAAAUGACAAACCUGACUUUCUUGAGAUGGACCCCGAGACGCCAACUGGAACACCAAUAAAAAAUCUUCCUUUUUCACCUUCUCAGUUUUUAAAUAGUCCAGAAAUUCCAUUUGGAAAUGGAAGAAUUACAUCAACUCCUGUAAGCCGCCAGAACAGAAGUUCGUCUGGUGUAGAGUCAUUGACAACUCCUGUCUUAAAAAGGACAGAAAAUUCAAUUCUCCACACGCCAGUGCUUAACCCGGUCAUGGACUCAACUCCCAGAACUCCUACUCCUUUCAAGAAUGCACUAGCUGAGAUUGAAAAGAAGUCGGGAGUUUCCAGGCAGUUUAGCCCUGGCCAGCUGGCUGACUUGGGGGAGGUGUUACAAGCGGAAUACGACACGGGGUACGAAGCCGACCUUUCUGUUGGAAUCACACCAUCACGGGCUCGGCAGUCGAAACGAAAACCAAAUAAAGAGGAUGUUCAACACUUGGGCAGCAAAUCUGUGAGACAGUCUCUGCAGCAGAAGUGGUCCGAUGAGAAGUUGGAUUACCUCGGAACAAAAUCAUUUCUGUCAUCUCCAGAGACGCCGAGCAAGUCUCUGAUCGGUGACACCAGCCUGCUGUUCUCACCUCCGUCUAUAAUCAAGGACACGCUGGCAGACGAGGAGAUGGGAGACCUGUUGUCCAAGUCAUCCAGUAAUUUGGUUAAACCAAAAAGAACAAGUAUGAAGAGAAUUAGAUUCGAGACACCACCGAAAGUCAAAUGCCUGCUCAAUGAAAACUUUGAACGUGUGGCCUGUGGUCUGACUGAAGAUCAAGUUGCAAUGACCGAACUCGCUAAGCGCUAUGUGGCAGUUGUAAAACCAAGAACCCUUGUGCUCUGAUCUCCUGCACUCACUCACACCAUCGUGUUGCAGCUAGAAACAUACCUCAAGUCCUUGGAAUUCAUCAAAUCAUUGAAAGUCAAUGUAACCGUUUCCACGGUCUCAGUGCUAUCUUCAUUUAACCAUUUCAAAAAACCGUGGUCAUGUCAUUUUGAGAUUGUUGAGUUUCUAUCUGGAACUUGGAUUAGACAGACGCCCAUCUAUGAAAUAACAAACAUAAAUGCUUUGUCGGUAUAAAAGUCUAAUCAGAUAGCAGGUAAUGUGUUUCCUGUUGACGGCUGUUUAUAUUAUUGUGUAGUCAUUUUACACAGGUUGGAAACCGUUUUUCUGGCUGUAAAGCCUGAUGUUGUUUGUGAACAUUGUGAAUAAUUUAUUGCGCCCAUUUUGUUUUGGUAGGAUAUAUAAUAAAGCUGUGAUAGUUUGUAUAUGACAAAAACAUUUGUCUUUAUUUCUGUAGAUAAAAAAAAUAUUUUGGAAAGAUCAGAAAGCUUUAUUACUAGAAGUGUAUUCACACGUCUUAAAAAGCUUAAACUCUUUGCAAAUGUAUCUACUAGACUUGUUACUUAAAUUUUAUUUAUAAGGUUUUUUUGUUUUUAAUUUUCCACAUCCUCCCAACACAAUUGUGUCUUGUAGUUGUGUUAGCAGUGAUAUUAUACGAGUGCUGACUGCCGAUCAAGCAUUUUCAUGUUUAUGUACAUAGAUUUUAUUACAUGUUGCCAGACACAUUACUGUGAUGGUAAUUUUAUCAUAGAUUGUAUGUCAACAGUGUCUAAGAUUUGUUGACAUGUUUUUGUGGGUGACCAAAAUUUGCUUUAAAACUAGAAAAAUGUGUUCUAUGUGGCUGACCAGUUCAUGUUCAAACAUUGACCUGCAGAAACUUGAAUAAAAUAUAUAAUACUUACAUAUAAUACUUAAUAUUUGCUAAUGAGCACAGUGUUUUUCCUAGCUUGUUUUAGCAUGGUGUGGCACCAUGCCUCCAUAGUCCAGUGCCAUCUUGCCUUAAUCAAUGCCAUGCUGUUCUGAGAUUAAACAAGCCUUUUUCAAUAAUUAACUCUAAAUCUGCCUAUGUCUUUAUAAAAAACUCUGAAAAAGUAUUAUUAAGUAAUAAAAUGUACCUCUUGUAUAUUUUGCCAUUCAUGUAUUAGCAAAAAAAAAAUUAAUGAAAAAAAAGUGCCCUAAAAAUUGUAAAAAUGCCCCCAAAGUCUACCAUGCCUUGCCAUAUUUCUAGGGAAAACGGCAGCACAUUUUUUAGCAAGCAUUUUGACCACUUUCAAAAAUCAAUUUCGGCGAAGAAUACAUUAAGAAACCAGGACACCACUUUUAAACCAUUGAUCACAACAGCAACCUUGUGUAGCCAUGAAAUUGAGAUCGCAAUUUGCAAUUUCUUCAUGUGUGUUAAAUUUCAUUUUUAUUUAUUGAGCAGAAUAAUUCUUCUGUUGCUCGGUAGAAUAAAAAGGCCGUAGUAGUGUGUUCUUGACUUGGACAAUAGUUUGUUGUCUUUCUACUCAUUGUUUCUUACAUACAGCUGUUAGCUGCUGUAGUGCCUUUCAGUGUGCAUAUUUCUUGGCUUAAACUGUUGAAAAUAACCCAAGUUUCUUUGAAGAUAUCUGACAAGUUGACAUGAAAACUGAAAUAUAUUUGCAAUUUUUUUUGUGUUUUUUUAAAACUCUUUUGUCAAUUUCAUAUGAAAAUUUGACAUGUUACCAUUUAUUGUAUAUAGAGAGAAAACCCCCAAAAGUCAUGACUGACCGACCGACCGACUGACUGACCAUAUUUUUAUUACAUUAUCUCAAAUUGUAGAUGAGAUAGAAAUUCACAACAGGAAUUUGUCCAGUGUUUAGUCGCACAGAUACCAGUAAAGUGUUUUGACAACAUAGUGACAUUAUUAGUGUUUAAUUGUGAUGUAUUCUUCAUGGUUAAUUUGCUUGUAGGCAACCACUGUGUAAUUAAGGAAGCUACAAAUUAAUCUGGAAAUACUACAGCAUUCAAAUAUAGGAAAAUAACAAAAUAUUUGAUAAUAUAAUUUAUUUUACUGUCGCUGUUUGUACUGACAAAAUAUGAUGAAGGAAUAAAGCAAAGUGGUGAUACAUUAGUAGCAAAAUAUUACCAGUCAGCUGACCGCCCUUGUUUAGUUUAUAUUUUCAUUUACAUUUUUUUAAUUCAUAGUUUGAAAGCAUAAGGAAUGAAAAGAUUUGUGUCAUGGUAAACACAAUAAACUUUUCAUAUUUAUUUAUGAAUUAGAAUUUAACCAGCUGACAUCUGGUAUUUUGUGAGAUGUUAUGCUGUGUUAAAGGCUCGCUGGGCUUGAUUCAUCAUAUCAAAUCUUGGGAAGAAACAUUGUUUCUCCACUCGUUUCAUUGCAGGAUACAAAAUGUUUGUUUUUUAAAACGCAACAAAAACAAUAACUGGUUAAUUAUGUGGGAUAUGGGGAACUUUUGCACACUUGACUCAAAUCCUUACAGUUCCCCAUUCUUACCUUCAUCAUUAAAUACCACAUCCUAUUAUUAGGUAUAUAUGUGCAGGCCUCAAAUGUUUUUUUUUUUUUAUUAUUAUUAUUAUUUUUUUUUUAAUGUAAAUAUUGCAGAUAGCUUAGACAGCUCCAAUUUAAAAUCAUUGAAUUUAUUUUAUUUUUUCGCUGAUAAAAUGUGUUGUAAAACAUUUAUUAACAUUUUAAUUUCUAUUCUAUCUUCUGUCCUGCUUUUUUGAAAAACUCAACAAAUAAAAUUGGAGUUGCAUCAGAUUUCAUUACAUUGCAAGGGAAAUAACGUUAUUUUCCAAUGUCUAGAAAAACUCAGGGUUAGUUACUGGUUACUAAAUGUAUUAUCUAUGACAAUGUGCAUUAUAUAUCGUUUAUACCAGUCCAAUAGCCUUGCACAAGCAUUCCUUUAACUAAAAGAAAUUAUAUAGGUUAUCCUUACAUUAAUUGUGCAAAAUAAAAAAUAAAAAUUCGAGUCAUGACAUAUUUCAAAUCACAAGUAUGUAUUGUUUUUGCUAGAUUUUGAAAUUAUUUGACUAAUUAUAAGGUUGACUUAAAAGUUAAUAUAUUAAUGACUAAAGACAGUUGUUUCUGGAUGUUGUUUGGCUAUUGGUUAUUGGCUAGAGUUUAUGUGAUUAUACUGUGGCAUAUAUAUCUAAUUACACAGUUUUCGAAAAUAAAUGUUUAUAUGAAGCACACAAUAUUGGUUUUAUCACCUCGACCAGGAAGAUAUGAAUUUUUUCCAAAUUGAUAAAUUAUUUUGGUAUUUAAGAAAACCACAAAAGUUCAUAAAAUCUAUUGUGGUAUAAGUAAUUUUUGUGUUUCUGUUGUUAUAUUGGCACAUUAAGUAUUGGUUUUUGCAUGGUGCAUUGUGCUAAAUUUAGCAUGUCAUUGUUUUCAUGUGGGUUUUUUUUAAAUGUUCCUAGUCUGUUGUGAGAAAUCAUUUAUAAAAGUAAUUUGUUUUGUUAUGUACAUUUGGGUAUUUAAUUAUUUAGCUGCUAGUUUUAAUGUAAUUUUGUGCAUGCAUGUUUUUGUAGUAUUAGUAUUUCAGAUAAUAAAAUACAACCCACUUUCUAGUGGAGAUUGUUUGUAUAUUAUAUUAAAAAAAUCUCAGUGUGUUCAGUAUAAAAAAUAUAUGAAGACCGCUAUGAGUAUAAGUAUACAUUUUGCUCUGUUCAUAACAUAUUUUUGUUUUGAUCGGCUGUAAAACCUCAUAUUGGCAUUAUUAAUGAUGAAGCAUUUUGGGCCAACUUGUUUUUGAAUAAAAUUUGUUUCUUGUAACCUAACUGGCUCAUGAAACUGGACUGACUCUGUCUUUUUUUUUUUGGGGGGGGGGGGGGGGGGGGGGAGGAGGAGGGAUCACAAUAUCGUGUCCUUUUUUUCUUUUUGUUCAUUCAUAAUAAUUUUUUUAUACCUUAGACAAAAUAGAUAAUUGGGUGAUGUCUGGGUUGGGGAGGUGGCAGAUGCCUCACUGCCAGUUUCUUUUUUAGUUUAAAAAUAACCAUUUGUAUCUAGCUGGAAAAGACCCUAUAUUCCCUCUCUCUCUCUCUCUCUCUCUCUCCCCCCCCCCCCCCCCCCCCUGCUGCUGCUGCCCAUUAGUUAUUGUAAUCUCAGUACACAUGUUGGUUAUGGUAAAGCAACUAAAUACCUUGUUAUCAAACACUUAUCUAUAUAGUUAGUUGGGCUGUAGCGGACUUACACUUUAAAAGAAAUGGCUCCCUAUUUGUACAUUUUCAGAUGUAUUGUUUUUGUUUUUUUUAUCAUCUGUUGUGUGUGUAUCUUUUUGGUAAAAUGCUGCAUCAAAGAUAAAUUCCUAUAAAAUUGUUAGAAUACUUUUAUAUUUUGCUAUAUUUUUUUUCCACAUGGAUUUAGAGCCCAUUUCACAACACCAUGAUUAUUAAUAACCUAAAAUAUUAUUGGUGUAGUCAGGAUUUUAUAUUGGGGGUGGGGGGGGGGGAACAGAUCGAUGUGUAAUGCUCUGUUGAUUUUUAAUUAUAAUAGUAAAUCACAAUCCUACCAUUGUAGGCAUUGGUUUUAAUACAAUAUGACCUCUUGUAUGAUUAUUAACUACAAAACAUUGAACAUGUAUUUAUCUCAUUUGUGCUUCAUGAAAAUACAAUAAAAAUGAAAAUCUU